GGGUUCUGGAUGACAUAGAAACAUCAGUGUUUUUAUAAUCUCAUGGUGGUUUCUUCAUAGUGAUGUCAGGACCAGAAGGGACCUGUGUGACCCUCCAGUCUGACCCCUGCAGAGCACUGGUAGGACAGCUGCCUGCCUCCCCAGCAGCCUCUGGCUGAAGUAGCACAGAGCUCCUGGACAGCUAUGCGCUGACAUCAUGCCAGGGCUGCAUGUGAUGGUGAGCCCCUCCACCCCAUCUCCAUGUGAGCCAUUCCACAGAUUAAUUCUCUCUCCAUGAAAUAUGCAUCUUAUCACUAGGCUGAGUUGCACCGUUGCACUUUGGGUGCAGCUACUUCCAGUUCUGAGCACUGCUGCCUACUGCCUUCCCUUCCUCCCCACAGUACCUCCCAGUGUGACCCUCAUGGCAAAGCUGGCCCCACUCCCUGUCACCCUGGCCAGGACUUCUCUCUCAUCUCACCAACAUGCAAAGCAGGGGUUCCCUUCCCUUCCCAGAGCACCUCAGUGUGACUCUCCUCCUUCCCCCUUCCCAGUCCUGAAGAAACAUGGGAAAGUCUCCAUAAAGUAGAACACCUCACACUGCAUAGACAGCUGCGGACUGAGGUUAAUCCCAGGAGCUGAAUUUCUAAGCAGUGGCUCUGACUCCACAUAAGGAGGGAUUUCCCUGCCCCUGAAGGCUGUAGAACUGCCAGCAGGACAAAAUGCCUCUGUGGAUCUGGCAGGGAAGGUGGUUUUUGUUCCCCAGGCUCUCCAGAUCCCUCCUCUAAAGCUUGGGCCUGCUUCAAGCAGCCUGUUAGACAAAGCUCAGAGGGUCCAAAAGAACCUCUGAGUGUGAGGUCUCCUCAGCAUCUGCUUACCACUCUCAGCAGAGCCAACAAUUGUGGACUAGCACCCCCUUGGUCUGUGCUAGUCCACAAUUUUUUUUCUGGUGGAUUCACAUGUGUGGUGUGUUUGAUUAUUCCCUCCCCAACAAUAACCCCCUGGUUCAGUUCUUAGCUAGUAUAAAUCGCUGCAACUGCAGAAGCAUGAAUUGGUAAUGAGUUAUUAAUGGCAGGGAUGAUUAACCACUAGAACCAACUCCCAGGGGAAGUGAUAGGGUCUCCAUUUUAUGAGGUCUUCACAUUCAGAUUAAUGUCUUAUUUCAAGGUCUUUCUGGCUAAGCACCAGUUAUUUGGGCUCAAUCUGGGAAUUAUUUAGUGGUCUGAGUCUUACAGGAGAUGUGACUAGAUGAUCUAAGGGUCUCUUCUGGCCUCAUAAGCACUCUACCCUGGAAUAAGCUCCUGUCAGAAGUAACCUCGGAGGCCUGAACAAUCUCUAAUAAAUACUGAACUGAUUCUCAGGAAAUGGGGGUAGUGAUGAGUCAAUAGCAUGGAUUAUUUUACACAAGUCCUUCUGUAGUUAAUGUGAUGAAGUCAUUUCUCCAGGGGAUCGCAGGUUUCCUUCAUCUACUCUGUUUUCUAAAAAAACAUGCAAUCAUUUCAAAUAACAGUUAUAAAAAAAUAGUUCUGCAGUACGGACAUUUGAUGCCCGGGUUACGAACUGCCAAGGAAAUAAAUACCAGCCUAAUCAAUACCAUAUCUCUGCACUCCAAGGUCUCAUGUCUCCUGAAUCUCUUUAUGGGCACCCUGGAGCUGCAGGGUGGAACACUUGUUGGAGCAGCACUCGGAGGCUGAUGUUCCCCUGACAAAAGUCUCCAGGAUUAAAGGUUAGAUUUAUUGCUUCUGAUAGCUGGGUAAUGCUGAAGUGGCUGCACACACAUAUAUCCUGGUUGGGCCUAUGUUCAAAAUCAAUGCUGUGAAUCUUUGAUUUAGUUUAAUGCACACUAGGAACUGGCUAGAAUAUCCCUUCAUCUGCCAUUACAGAGGCUUCAUUACAGUGAUGGCUGGACUCACCCAAAGCACAACAGGCUUUUAUGACAGCAGUGCUGUCCAGCAUGGAGAUGAUGCUUUAUCAGUGAAGUACCUUAAAUCAGGGCAUGUACAUCAGUGCAGACUCUCCUGAUAUGCUUAUCUCUGUGAUUCUUAUUAACGCUGAAGGCAAACUUUGAUCAAUGGGCCUGCCUGUGGCUGUUAGCUCUCAUGUCCCUCCAUAUGCCUGGCUUCACUUCUUUGUGUGCAUUUCCCCAGUUCUGUCAUAUCCAUGCUCUUGUACUAUUCAUCACCUUGGCACCAGAGUGCCCCAGACCAGGACAGUAAUUCCAACACCCAACUCCCUGCUUAUGGCCUAUCCACCCUAGUAGCUUUGGUGACCCCACUCUGUGCUGAUCAUCCUGGUGGGUAUGGCUCCACCCUGACUUCUGCUCUCUGUUCAGUCUUGUACCUGCUCCUGUGCCUCUCAGCUCUCCCUGGGAGCCCUGCCACCACCCUAAAAUAAAAUCUCAGGAGACUCCUCUUCCACUGCCCACCCUUCUCUCCUUUCCAUCAUGACAGGUACCUUCCCAUUCUCCAAGCUGCUGGCCCUAGUGACAUGCCUGGCUCCUGGACCCUUGACUUUCAGUAAGGUGCUAAAUCCAUCUGUGUCUUCUUUCACAAACACCUUUGAGAGAUGUUAGACAUCCUUCUGAUCCCAUACCUCUCACUCAGACCCUUAUCCCGGUCUGGAACCUCUUGCAUUUGGACUGCUAUAAAUUCCUACUCUCUGGUUUCCUCAGCAACCCCUUUGGUCCCUCCAGUCUCUUUGAAAUGUCACUGCUAAACUCAUUCUCCUUCCCAUACUCUUCCCUCUCCUUUAGCGAUUCCCCCCUGGCACCCUGUUAGUAUCAGGCUUCCUAAUCUCAAUUCCCAGACUGCACAGCUUUGCCUGAGCCUGCAUCUCAUCUGUGCUGUCCUGUUGCCCUUCUGUGCCAGCUUUUUUUCCUUUCCCCCUCUAUCCAACAUACCCAAGAUGCCUCCCAGAUUCCUUUAACUUAUAAACACCCUAUGACUGCUCCACCCAAGCACUGGCACACUACACUGGGGAAUCCAUGAGUCAGGGCAACUUUACACAGUGUGGCAGGACUGCCUGGCCUGGGCUGAGAUGGCCUUGGUCACAGGGGCAGGGCUAUGAGCUUUACCUCUGUGAUUACUGUUAAGUGGAGCAAUUAGGACAUGAUCCUGAUUGUUAGGAACAGGGGCACAUGGGUGUCUGGGUAGGCUACAAAGUGCCUAGUUCAGUUCUUUGGACUGUGCUGUUAAUUGAUAACCUGUUCCUUUCCCAGCCUCUGGCAGAAGGAAAUGGGAAGGCAACAGCUGUGACUCUGACCCUCUGUGAGCACAAGGGAGCUGGGGGUCUGGUCUUCAGCCCUGGAGCAGAAGCCUGCGGUGGGGCAUAUCUGGAGAUGGAAGAUAGCAGAAUAUCACUGGGCAAACUCAAGGAGGGCUCAGAGAACCCAGCUUUUGACUUGAUGGAAGAGGAGGAACUCCCUGAGGGAAACGAUGGUCUACCUGAAGAGAGUGAGAAAGAAGAGAAAGCCCGAUGCCCCUCCUGCUGGAGGAAGGUGACGCAGCCCAUGGGGAAGGCAAGGCAUUUUUGCAAGACUCAUUCCAGCUUGCUCCGGAAGAUCUUCCUGGGUCUCCUGUGUACAGCUUACCUGUGCUACUUCAUUGCGGCCUGUUGCCUGAACUUCCAGCGUGCCCUUGCCUUAGUGGUCAUCACCUGCAUUGUUGUCUUCUUUGUGGGCUAUGACUUCAUUCAGAAGCACUAUGGGGCAAAGCUGGUGAGGCUCUUCAGCCCUUGUCAGCAGUGCUUCCGGAAGUCCUGGCCAUGGCUGAAAUGGGUGUUCUGCUUGGCCGUUCUGGGUGGGCUGGUCACUUGGUUGGCUCUGGAUACUGCCAAAAAUCCGGAGCAGCUGAUCUCAUUUGCUGGCAUCUGUGUCUUUGUGCUGGUCCUUUUUGCCUGCUCCAAGCACCAUGGCGCAGUGUCCUGGAGAGCUGUCUUCUGGGGUCUUGGGAUGGAGUUUGUUCUGGGAAUCUUCAUCAUCAGGACGGACCUUGGAUUUGAGGCCUUCCAGUGGCUGGGCAGUCAGAUUCAGUAUUUCCUGAGUUACACCACAGCCGGCUCCGGCUUCGUCUUUGGGAACAAGCUGAUCCAAGAGGCCUUUGCCUUUCAGGCUUUACCCAUCAUCGUCUUCUUCAGCUGCGUGAUGUCCAUUCUCUACUACCUUGGCCUCAUGCAGUGGAUCAUCCUGAAGAUCUCCUGGCUGCUGCAGGUCACCAUGGGCACCACGGCUACGGAGACCUUGAGUGUCGCAGGAAACAUCUUUGUGGGACAGACAGAAGCUCCCCUGCUGAUCCGUCCCUACCUAGCGGACAUGACGUACUCAGAAAUCCAUGCCGUGAUGACCGGGGGCUUCUCCACUAUUGCCGGAAGUGUGAUGGGAGCCUACAUGUCCUUCGGGAUAGAUGCAUCAUCGCUGAUAGCAGCCUCUGUCAUGGCUGCGCCCUGUGCUCUCGCCAUGUCCAAGCUGGUUUAUCCUGAGGUGGAGAAGUCUAAAUUCAAGAGCAAAGACGGCGUGAUAAUUAGCAACGGGGGAGAGCAGAAUAUCCUGGAAGCUGCCAGCAAUGGUGCUUCCGCUUCCGUGGGGCUGGUGGCCAACAUUGCGGCCAACCUGAUCGCCUUCCUGGCCGUGCUGGAGUUUGUCAAUGCUGCACUCUCCUGGCUUGGGGAGAUGGUGGACAUCAAGGGGCUCUCCUUCCAGCUGAUCUGCUCCUAUGUCCUCAUGCCCGUGGCCUUUCUGAUGGGGGCCGACUGGGCAGACUCACCGGUGGUGGCUGAGCUCCUGGGGAUCAAAAUCUUCCUGAAUGAGUUUGUGGCCUAUGAGCGGCUGUCCAUGUACAAGAAGAACCGCCUGGAGGGGCUGGAGGAGUGGAAAGGCAGCCAGAAGCAGUGGAUUUCGGUGCGAGCUGAGAUCAUUACGACCUUUGCCCUCUGUGGAUUUGCCAACCUCAGCUCCAUCGGGAUCAUGCUGGGAGGCCUGACAUCCAUGGUUCCUCAGAGGAAGAGUGACUUCGCCAGCAUCGUGCUGCGAGCUCUGUUCACCGGGGCCUGCGUCUCUAUUCUUAAUGCCUGUGUGGCAGGCAUCCUGUACGUGCCCAGAGGGGAAGUGGAGAACUGCGUCACCUUCCUGAGCACCGUGGACUUCAACAGCACCAGCUACAACAUCUAUGUGUGCUGCCGGCAGCUCUUUGCAAACUCCAUGCUCAGCAACAACGGGACCCUCUCCUUCACUGGUGCCUGGGCAGGACUUGAGGCCAACAUGGCAUCGCUGACGCAGUGCUGUGGGCACUACAACCACACGACCUGUCCGGGGCAACCCUAGGUCAGCCGGUGUGAGGUGGUGACAGGACUGGAUAUCUACAUGGGCACAUGCCCAAACUGCAAAGGCAAGGGCUUGUGCAAGAACCAACCAGGACCUGACACUCAGGGCCUGACACCUUCCCAGCCCAUUCUGCCAGGCACAAAAGAGUGCUGCAGGGGCAGGGCCCGGGCUUCUACUCAGCUCCCAUUAGCGGCACUGCCCAAGAGCUGUCGGGGACUGCACUUCCCCUUCCAGCCCCCAGAGACUGUACACAACCAGCCUGGAUCGUGGAAACUGCCCUUAGGCUGGCUCCAGGAUCAGUGAGCCACAGGGGUUCUUGAGCACUCCCCCUACUUCCUGAUGGACCCAGCCCACAGCCCAGGCCUUUCCUGACUGCUCCUUCUGACAUUUGCUAUCCCAUAUGCAGCAGCAGCUGAUGCCCUGCCCUUGAGGACUGGCUCCCAUGCCCUUGAGAACUGGCUUCUCUGCCACCCUGAUUCAUGCACGUGGCCUUGACUUAGGCACAUGAGGGGCCCUGCUUUAUAAUGUCAAGUCAAUAACAGCUCCUGUUCAAACCAUGGAAACUGCAGUGUCCCUGCCUCUGGCCAUCCUCUAGGCUGGACAGUGCUGGUAGGUAUGGAGUCCCCCCCUAUACUGGACCCCUGGCCUAGGCCUAAAGGUUGAAAUUUUUGGAGCUCAGCACCCUCAGUAGGAACCUGGGUGUCAAAGGUGCUCCAUGGCCAGCAGCUCCUGUUGCAUCAGGGGUCAGGGCCCUGUUUAGCAGCCAAAACAGGCUGCAGGUUCUACACCCUUACCUCUUCCCUUUCAUAAGUCCCCUUUGUCUUCCUCAUCCCCUUCACUGACACCCCAGUCCUUAUGUAGCAGCUUUGCACCAGGACAGAGCUCCGCAGCUUGGCUAGUCUAUGGCUGUGAUCCCCAUGGCUGUAACCAGGGCAAUUGAGGCUCGCAGCACCCUAGGUGAAUACAGUCACAGGUCAGGAGUUGUCCAGAGCCCAAAGAGUGGGUCUAAAUGGUCAAUUUUCAUCAUGGUCAAAGUUGAUGGGAGCAUCAAGUGUGUGUGCUAGGUCCCCUGUUGUUCUAUUACCGAUCUGGGAAGUGUGAGGGAGCUGGGAGUCAGCAAAAUUAGCAAUGGCACUGUUAUGGUGAGAAUUCCCAACCCUGCCAGCCACACUGACACACUGGAUAGCAGACCAGUCCUUCUCACUUUAUUGCACACGAGCACACCCAUUUGCCAAUACACAGAUGAGUAUGUACAGGGGUAUUUUACAACUAUCUGAACAAGAGCAGGAAAUGUACACUCCUGAGCAGACAAGCGCAGCCACAGCCACGGAAUGCAAAGCGCCGCAGUAAGAAACUGCCCCGCCUGGUCUCUGCUGGACCUCGCCACGUGGCAGUUGGGGCACAUGGAUCACCACUUCCUCGCCAUUGGAGAGAGACACCUCCACUGCGGACACAGUGAUCCCUGUCCCUGCCUCAGCCCUCGCCAUGAGCUGGAGGAACAUCCCCACCACUCCUGUGACAACAGUGACUCCCUGACGCAGUUAUUCCCACAGCUGCCAGCUCUUCUCUGCUGUAACUGGGCAGCUCUGAGAGAGAAAGGUGUGUUUUUGACAUAGUGGCCAUUAAGCAGAUGCCUCAUGAAGGCCAGAAGCUUGCAGCUCCCCUAGCCACCAGUCAGCAGGUGUGAGGCAUCGUUGGGUGGAGGCCCUGACAUGCCACAACUACAGACCUGAGGCAAAAGCACGUGCCUUCUUACUCAGCAAAGCCAGAGCCUAUAAGUGCUCCCUGCCAUGGGCUUUGCUUUCUUUUGGGGCAGGGACAGAGCGGGGUGGGAGGGCUUGCUUACUUUUCCAGGUUCUGGCCAGCUCUGCUCCUAUCCUGAAGGCAAACUGGCUCAGUUGAGAUUUGCUACAGGGCUCCAAGCACGUUUGUGGUGGCAGCUCACAGUAUCCCCACAACAGAGGUGGGGCCCUGAGUCUGUAGCUGCCUUCUUCUUCCUUCCCAGCCACAGUUAAUGAAAGGAAAUGAUAAACAGAAACCAGAGGGUGUAACUAAGCUCCAGCAGGGAGGGUGCAUCUGCAUUACCAUUUCACCAUCAGCCACCUGCCUCCGAUCCCUCCAGAGGGAGGCAGCACCACACCUGGUGACCACCCCACACUAGCAAGUAAAUGGCCUCGUACAGAUGAGCCCUGGGGUUUGGGGGGGUUUUUUAAGGGCAAUUUUCUGUGUCCCAGGUCAAAUUAGCCAAAUCUGGUCCAAAUCUUUUUGAAUCAUCCAGGAACCAUAUGUGGCCCUACUACCAGCAAGUAUCCUCCACUCCAGCCUGGGGCUUCAGAUGCUUCCAAAUCCUUUGGCAGGCAUCCUAUGUGCAGGCCCAAGCCCAGAAGCUUAGGGUUUGGAUGCCCCUGAGUUUUGCUUGUCCUCAGCCAUAUGGCCGCAGGAGCAAGCUGGGGAGAUGUCUCCCAUUUCCACAAAGUUAGCAGGUAGCCAAGAUCCUCCCACUGGAAGCUGGCCAGUGGGAAGCUAACUAUGAGGCUCUAGAAAGGAGUCCUGUCCACAAGCAGACAAAGGUGCAACCCUCCACUACACAGUGCCAUUUUAAUUGUAUUACAUCGGUCAGGGUAUUUCCCCUGCCAGGGUGCUUAGCUUUUGCAGCGUCCUCUUUUCACUGGUUCCCUGCAUCAGGGAGAUGCCCUCGACCCAGUCAGGACCUGCACAACUGACGGUGCAAGCAAGCAAAGCAGAUCCCCUGCCCCGGUGUCUGUCACAAAGACCCAAAGAAGAAGCCCAUGGCUCAUAUUUUCAUGUUGUUUGCCCCCAGGGCAGAGGGUGGGAGGUAGGCAAGGCAGGGCCUGCCUGUGUGUCUCAGGGCAAGGGUGCAGGAAAAAGGACUCAUGCCCUCCCUGGCUCCUAGUGAGGUGAGCGGUGAGGCUGCUGCCUUCUCAGAUAGCUAACUGAUGAGGCAUGACACCUGGCUCUUCACAGCAGCCCUGGCACAAAGGGCAGUGACUUUCUCCUCCUUCCUCCUGAGCCUGGCUACUGACCUGGCCUCCACAUGAGGUAGAGCAGCCCUGAGGCCUCGCUAGCUUCCACCAACAGGUAACAGCUCCCAGUUGCCUCUCUGCUGCCCUAGAACACCCUUGGGGGGCUGGCUCUGGAGGGGGAAAGUACAACCUGGGGCUUGCCAGCAGCAGGGCACUCUCACAAGGGGAAGUUGCAGCUGGCAAGCACUGAUCCUAGCAAGCGGGGUAUGGGCUGCUCAUCCCGUCUGCUGGCAGCAUUCAGAACGAGUGGCCCUGUGGGGGACCGGGCAGCCUGGGAUCACUAUGCUCAGGAGGGGACCUGGGUUUGACAGCAAAGGGCAGCUG